AUGGAAACUCACUCUCCCAGCAUUUAUACGCAAAAUAACCAAGAUCCUGACCUUGGAGUUACUUCUACCGACGGUAGUCAUGCUAAUGACGCGAGUGACAAUUUUUUGCAACAUGGAAGUCACAACGUGCAUUAUAUACAAGAUACUGAUGACGAGGAUGACAAACGCUCUUAUGACUCUCGAAGUGUGGACCCGAAUCGUGGUCAACGUGCACCCACUGAUCCUCUUGACGAAACACCACGGUCUUUGUCGCCUUUUGAUCAUGGCCUGAAUAUUCUUUCGCAGACUAUCGAUGCAACUGGAGAGACUACUGAAUCAUUCUUUCAGGGACAAAUGGCCCACGAAGCUGAAAAUGAGGGACUGUCCAUCAGUAUCCCUUUGGCAUCGGACUACAGAGGUUCCAUCAAUAGUGCUUCUCAGGCCCCAUACUGGGACGAAAGAAAUGCAUAUAUUAAGGGAUUCAUGAAGAAACUACAGACGUUUGAGAAUCUCGAAUAUUCCGUCAAUGAUGCGGGACAAGAGGAGGUCUCUCGCCAAGAGGGACCUCCAACGCACGACGAAUCUCGCAACUCGAUGCAGACCAAAUGGCUUCAUUUACAAAGUGCCACGAUGGAUCUCGAUGUCUUACAACAAUUCGUUAUGGAGUGUCACUUGAUCGGCGACGACGUUAAAACUGUUACGAUAGAACUCGUCGAGAGAGCCGGCAAAAAAUAUCGACGACAUUCUGAAACAGGAUCCUACAUUGAACCCGGCUCUGUAUUGAGAGGCAUCGGCAAUUAUUCUCAGCAAAAUUCGCUUUCGUCAAAAACUCGCCCAACCGUUCCGGUUGUUUUUGUUGCCUCGCCCUAUUUGAGGCUACGUCCUUUAAAAGGGCAUCAAGACGGGGGAAAUCGAGGCGACCAUCACCCCCAAACACUUCUACAGAACCUCUAUGGGUUUGAUGUUACUCCGAAUCGCGAUAAGACUCAAAUUAUUCGCAAAAUUGGGAACGGUUCACAGCUGGACAAUGCACUCCAUGUGAACCAAAUAUGGUGUCUUCUAAUUGGUCCUACCCUUUUGAUCACCAUGUCAGACCAUACAACCGAAGAACUCUUGGACGGAACGAUUGGAAAGCGAAGUCUGGGAUAUGAACCGCCAAUCAAGAUUAAGAUCAUUGACGAUAAGCAAAAACAUCAUGAUAUUGCCGUAUCAUCAAGUAUUACAUGGGUUGAUCUUUUCAAAAUUACAAUGGAUGCCGUUCAGAACAAGAGAUCUGAUUUCCCCAAGUAUGAUCUGCUCGAUGAGAACAAAGUCAUCAUCACUGCCGAAAGAUGGAUUGAGAUUGCGAGCUCACGGAACCUGCGAAAAUCACCAUUUUAUACAAUUUAUCUUACCCUAAGACCAAAUAGUGCAAAUCCAAGUAAAGAUCGGCUCUUUUUGGAGUACAGCAGAUAUGAUGCUUCCAGUAUAUUGAACGAAAUGCCAACAAAGGAUCGACGCAGCGACGCAUUCUCUGGACUGGUGGGAUCUUCUAAGAAGGAGUCCUCUAAACACGAAUCAGCAGACCAGCUUACCUCCAACACCGCUUCCGCUCCACUCUUUCUGUAUCAAGAUGGUACUGGUUUUAUUGUGUCUUCUCCAGAUCCGCAAGAUCCUGAUGAGCUAUACGACACUGGCACAGACCCUUUGGGUAUUAUCCCGCAAUCACACCGAAGUGAAUCGGUUGAAGGCGCAAACACAACAAUGCCACUAGGAAUUAACAACUCUCCAAAUGACAGAGAGGCACCGGAGGCUUCUUCCACUGGUAAUUUCACCAGCUUAAUUGAUGAUAUUGCAGGUAACAUUACAGACAUUGACGGAACCAUUGGUCUUCCGGAGACGAAUAAACACAAUAUAAAUCACAAAAAAAUACGACACAAGAAGAUGCAGCCUGGUGCAGAAAUAUCCGUUGAAACUUACUCUUCUGUCCAGGAAGAUGACCCCAACGCAAGUAACGAUUUGUUUUUAAAACAACUAUUCAUCCAUAAGCAACGUCAAAGUCAAAGUCAAGGAUCAAUUCCUUCCUUUGCGUCAGGCGCGAAUGCGGAAUCGAUUAGCUCUCGGCGCGACAGUUUGAGAACUUACCACACGCACCAACACACCGACUCCCAAUAUCGCCUACCGUCACCUAUUAUCACCAAUCUCAACUCGGAAUAUCCUCGAAAACCGAGUAUUGUGGAAGAUGACAAAAAUUGGGACCGAAGACAUGCAUUGAAAGCUAAGAGUACGAACUCGGGCAGCGCAUCUCAUUCCCACCAUCGGAGGCGCAAUACUUUCAUCAAACAGACACCAGUUGCUUCCAUCACAAGCGACUUGGCCGGCGAUAAAUACACUACUACUAAUGUACAAGGAUCCAGACUUGGGAAAAUAGUUCCGUUUUUCCUAUGGGGACCUUGCAUCCCAACGAGCUCCAGCUCAUUGCGAAGCGCCAAAGAGGCAGACAUGAUCAAGCUUCUUGAUGAAGCCGACGAAGUAAUUUCUAACAGCCAAGUAGGCAAGUCUUACUAUGUCAAAGUUCCAAAGCUCACAGAAGAGGAAUUUCUUUCUCGACAAGAUAUUCCGAAUGGAGGCUUCCAAGAAGAUGACAUAAGUAUUGUGAAAGAGAGUCCUACUUAUCGCAACGUUGACCAAACGGCCGCUGAAAAUACAGUGAAAGACAACACUCUGCCGAAUACCGUGUCUAAAGUUGAUCACGCCGGCGGAAAUACCCACCAGGAAAUGGAGGGGGUUGAGAAGAACAACACUGGUUCAGAAAUAACGUUGCCUGCUGUGGUACAAGACGGUGUCGCUAGGAAGCAAGCGCAAUCGUUGGGUAUUUUCAGCCCUGAUAAAGAGUUGAUGGAACAGCUUGUCACAGUCAGCCGGCAGAUUCUGUGGUCGUUUUUGCCAAAGACGGGCAGCUCAACAGUGCAUCCUCUCCUGAAACGGUUUUGGGGUUGCAUGGAUAUAAUUCGCCGACAACUUAUCUGGGAAGAGAGUGAACGUGAGCCUCACGAUGUACCAACAUACAUCAUUCGCGACUUUUCUGCGAAUCUUCAAAGAACAAGCAGAAGCCAAUCUCCAAACUCUCAAAAGACACUCUUGGCCAAAUGCGGAGAUUGUAAGGGGGGAAAACAUUACUCGUCGGCAGAAGAGGCACUGAAUCAUUUCCACGAUGAGCAUUUCGAUUGCCACCACCGAGGGGAAAGGCCGUACGACGAUCCGUGUUACUCAUGGCUGCAUCGUAUUUGGCACUCGCAUUAUCCGGUGCGAAAUGAUCGAAAUAGUCUACUUCGCAACGGACAAGAGUUUGAAAGAGAACUCUCCGAGCUUGCACUUCACCUGAAUGAGCUGCACACUAUGGUGACAUCCAAAGAAGAUGACUCAAUGGGUGAUCUAGCGAUAAGACCACCGUUACCUAAACAUAUCUUUUACGCUUUCCAAAAGAUUGUUCAAGUAUUUGUCCUUCGAGCAAAGAGACUAUCUUUGAUGACGAGAAUAAAGGCAUCCUCGGGAAGUGAUCUAUCAAAGAUUUCGGAUAAGAUCAACGAGCUGCAGGUAUUGGAGAAGACUGCAAAGGACCGGAUGUUGGAUCUGUUGGAUCAUGCCAAGAGAGACAUAUUCUUGUCUGGCAAUACGUCCAGUGACAUCGAAAGACCCCAACCUCAGGCCGUUGGGGCAGAAUUCUUGGCCUUGGCUUUUAUCUGCAAGAGCCACAACUUACCAUUCGAAGCUAAAACCUCAAAUCCACGCCGCAACAAUAAUACUCUCAAGGUGUAUAAACGUUACGCUUCCAAGCUUCAUUAUCAGGCCAAUCAGCGUCCCCAAAAGCGAGUUUUUCUAGACAUUCGCGAUCUGGAAGAAGAGCUCGAUGCUUUGAACGCUUUGCUAAACCACCAAAAAGAGUGCCUGCAUAGAUUCGCAAAGUCCAUUUCGCCCGAUACCCUUCGCCUUACUACCAUGACAAGAGUCGCGCAGAAUCGCGUCGAAAAGGCGUACCAAGACAACCAUCUACGGCAACUCGACAUACGAAUACAAGAAGUACAGAACAUGAAGACGCGGUCAAAGUUUUUAAAAGAACAGGUGAAGCAGACCAUUGAAAUCAUGGAAGAAGACCACGGAAAAGCCAUCAGAGUCUUUACCAUUGUAACCCUGUUCUUCUUACCUCUGUCUUUUGUUUCAAGCUUCAUGGGCAUGAACACAGCCGAUGUGAGAAAUAUGCAUUACAAGCAAGGGCUAUUCUGGGCAACGGGAAUACCGGUUACCCUCUUCGUGCUGACACUGGCCUGCAUCUACGGGUACAAGGGCGAUGAAAUCCGUGACUGGGCAAUGCAGCUAUCACUCUGUUCAAAAGAUAAAAAACUGCAGCUGCCAGUGGACGGGGAGACGGAGUAG